AUGGUGAAUGCUGCAGAGAUCUCCGUUAUGGGAGCCGGAGAGGCGCUUGCGAAAUCCAUCAAGGCUCCGUCUGCUGGACUUCUGCCCGGGAGCAAGAAUUCUGAUCUUAACAGCAUAGCGGGGAAGCUGAAUUCUGCCAGCAUUGUGUCUGCUAAGCACCAUCCGGGCUCAGAUUUCUCUCUGAUCGAAGAGGAGGACGUCUCCUAUUUGUUUUCCAUUCGCAGAGACCUCUCCGGACGGAGGACGCUAACAAAAAGCACAUUUCCAGACGACUCCAAGAUGGAAAGUAAUCUCUUGCUUUAUCCCACCAGGGGGUGCUGCUCCAGCACGCUAACCUGCAACUGCAGCAUGGUGCAGCUGCAGGAGGAGGAAGCCGCGUUUGCAGCCAAGAAAUGGGCCAUCGCUCCAGAACCUCUGGGGACGUCAAAAGAUCCCUAUGCCAAAGCUCCUAAAUCACUUGUCAGCUACUCAGACCUUAAGCUGGAGAUAGAGGACGAUAUAGCGCAGUUGGAAAAGCAACUGCGGGUCGCGGAGGACGAGAGGGACCGGGUUCUGGAAGAGAUGCAUAACUCCGAGGAGAGCCUGCUCGCGGCCGAUGAGAAGGCCACCAAGCUGGAGGAUGAGCUGGUGUCUCUGCAAAAGAAGCUCAAAGGCACUGAAGAUGAGCUGGAUAAAUACUCCGAGUCCCUGAAAGAUGCCCAGGAAAAGCUGGAGGUGGCGGAGAAAAAGGCGACAGACGCAGAGGCCGAUGUGGCGUCUCUGAACAGGCGCAUCCAGCUGGUAGAGGAGGAGCUGGAUCGGGCCCAGGAGCGGUUGGCCACAGCCCUGCAGAAACUGGAGGAGGCCGAGAAGGCGGCCGACGAGAGCGAGAGAGGAAUGAAGGUCAUUGAGAGCAGAGCCCUGAAGGAUGAGGAGAAGAUGGAAAUCCAGGAGAUCCAACUGAAGGAGGCCAAGCACAUCGCUGAAGACGCCGACCGGAAGUAUGAGGAGGUGGCUCGUAAGCUGGUGAUCAUCGAGAGUGACCUGGAACGGGCUGAGGAGCGGGCCGAGCUCUCGGAAAGCAAAUGUGCUGAACUUGAAGAGGAGUUGAAAACUGUGACCAACAACCUGAGGUCGCUGGAGGCUCAGGCCGAGAAGUACUCGCAAAAGGAAGACAAGUAUGAAGAGGAGAUCAAGGUCCUUACCGACAAACUGAAGGAGGCUGAGACCCGAGCUGAAUUUGCUGAGAGGUCAGUAACCAAGCUGGAGAAGAGCAUCGAUGACUUAGAAGACGAGUUGUAUGCUCAGAAACUCAAGUACAAAGCCAUCAGCGAGGAGCUGGACCACGCUCUCAACGACAUGACUUCCAUAUAAAUGUCUUUGCUUCACUUCUCCAAAGACACCUUUGUGGCGCUGGACUCUCCGUCUCCCUGCAGCUCGCAGCUGUCUCUCGGUUCCUUGCCCUGUCCUCCUCCUCCCGCCCCCCUCAAAGCCUUUCCUCCUCCUCCUCCUCCUCCUCCUCUCCCUCGCCCUCCCUCUCUCCCACGGGACGUGGGGCACACUCUCCCGGGGCCUGUGGACUGUACAAAAACUCCCCGUCUUUCAGUGUAAAAUAAAACUAUCCCGCUGCGGAUGCUGUAUCUGUUUUGCUAAUUCCUUCAGCCUUUUAUUUAUUUCCAUCAUUUCCAGUAUGAGUAAUAAUAAUAAAAAAAGAUCUGUUUUCUCGC